GGCAAAAUUUGAAAUCCCACUCAGCAGCUCCGUGUUGUUUUAUCCAAAUGCUGGAACAGAAACGUGUCUGCUGUCACUGCUGCAGCGGUGACAGCUGAGAGCGAUGAGCAUCAGCAUCGCGCCGAGGCACCGCUGUAAUAAGGAGAGGGUGGGGGUGCAAUUCUAGAAGAUUCUGCAGGAAUCAUACGAGUGGACCCCAUUUCACUGCUUUAUUGUGGGAACUGUGAGACUAAGCUAGGUGGUUAGCCUUCCCUACCAAAGCCACAACCUGCACACUGUGGUGGGGACUAAAGGUUUUAGGAUCCAAUGACUGGAACAGACUGAUUCAUCCUCCUCACUGCAGAAAUGUCAAAGAGACCAUCCUAUGCCCCUCCACCUCCCCCUGCCCCUACAACUCAAAUGCCCAACACCACCGGGUUUGUGGGGUACAACCCAUACAGCCAUCUGGCCUACAACAACUACAGACUGGGAGGGAGCCAGAGCAGCAACAGUCGGGUAACGAAUUCCUCUGGAAUAAAUAUCCCAAAGCCACCCAAGCCGCCCGAUAAGCCACUGAUGCCAUAUAUGAGAUACAGUCGCAAGGUUUGGGAUCAAGUAAAAGCCUCCAAUCCUGAUCUGAAGCUAUGGGAAAUUGGGAAGAUAAUCGGUGGCAUGUGGAGGGACCUCACUGAUGAGGAGAAACAGGAUUAUUUGAAUGACUACGAAGCAGAGAAGAUUGAGUAUAAUGAGAGCAUGAAGGCCUAUCACAACUCGCCGGCCUACCUGGCCUACGUGAAUGCAAAAAGCCGGGCUGAAGCAGCUCUGGAAGAGGAGAGUCGCCAGAGGCAGUCCAGGCUGGACAAGGACGAGCCUUACAUGAGUAUUCAGCCAGCAGAGGAUCCAGAUGAUUACGAUGACGGGUUUUCUAUAAAGCACUUGGCUGCGGCUCGUUUUCAGCGCAACCAUCGUCUGAUCAGCGAGAUCCUCAGCGAGAGCGUCGUCCCAGAUGUGCGAUCCGUCGUCACCACUGCCCGCAUGCAGGUCCUCAAACGGCAGGUCCAGUCUUUGAUGGUUCAUCAGAGAAAACUGGAGGCAGAGUUGCUUCAGAUUGAAGACCGCCAUCAGGACAAGAAGAGAAAAUUCAUUGAAGCCACAGAGUCGUUCACAAACGAGCUCAAAAGGUUGUGCUGCAUGAAGGUGGAGGUGGACAUGGAGAAGAUUUCUGCAGAGAUUGCUGCAGCAGAAGAGGCAGCCCGCAAACGGAUUGCAGAACGUGAGAAGGAUGCAGGAGACCGAGGUGCAAGAGAAGCUCCGACCUGCGUGCUGGCAGAGGAAGACAAACACAUUUGUGCAACACACGGCAACAAGCCCCAGCAAAACUCUGUGAGUGAAGGCAGCAACAAGGAGGGCGAGGACACAGAAUCCAGCACUACAGAGGCAGCAGGGAAGCCGAAGACCUCAGAGGAGCUCGAGGCCCAUCCCGGCAGCGAAGAGGGGGCGUCGGAGGACAAAGAGAGCGUCCCAGAGGGAGCCAUGGAGGAGGGAACCAGCGACAGCAACACGGGCUCAGAGACUACCUCCGCUCAAACGGAAGACGCCACGACUAGCGAGCCGUCAGAGGGGCCCAGCAGGGCGAGAGCAGCCCACUGAGUCCAGCAGCAGACUGUGUGUGAACCGUCAGGCUGUCGUUUGGCCUGCUGGCCUCUCAUAUGAUCCUCUGAUUACAGAUAUUGCACAGUGUCAUCUCAGUUUGUCCAAGCAUAUGAAGAGCAUUCAGAUGGGCUCGAUGUUUAACAAGCGUGAGGUCGAGUUCGAAGGCUCGCAGACACACUCUGAGGAAAAAAAAAAACAAAAAAAAAAAACAAAAACCUGCACUUGAAGCCGACAAA